AUGGCAGUGCAGAACCCACAGCAGACAGAGGACCCAAACCGGCAGGGAUGGAGAGGGAAGGGGGCCAAUUCCUGGGGACACCUGGGUCCUGGGCCCCAUUCUCACUCCCUUCCCCCCCCGGUAGGCCACGCUGCCAAGACCCUGCCGUCACCGCCAGUGGGGCCCGGGGGGGCCCCGAGCCGGGCCAAGAUGUCACUGACCGGGGCGGGGAAGUCGCCACCCUCGGUGCAGAGCUUGGCCAUGCGGCUGCUAAGCCUGCCGGGGGCUGGCCCCGCCCCUUGCCCCGCCCCCAGCAUGGGCCCCGCCCCUGCUGAGGCCCCGCCUUUGGCACCCCCAAGCCCGGAGCCCAAGCCCAAGGUGCACCGGGCCCGCAAGACCAUGGCCAAGCCCGGCAACGGACAGGUGCCGGAGAAGCGCGUGUCCGAGAUGCUGCAUUUCCGCGUCUCCGACGAUCUCCGUAGCAUCGAGGAGCCAGAACCCGCCAAGCGCCGGAAACUGGACUACGGCCCUGAGUCCCUGCACAAGCGCCUGCCGCCUACCCUGCCCCGUGCCAGCACUGAGAUCACAGUGACGGAGGAGAUGGCAGCGCGGCCGUUGGGGCCAGCGGGCGAGGAUCGGGGCCCCGAUGAGUGGGAGGCCGAGGUGGGAGCCGACUUCAGUCUCUUCUAUGACAGCUACUCAGUGGAUGGGCACAAUGACUCGGACAGCAAGUCAGAGGCGGAUGGGGCUGGGGAGCAGUUGAGUGAAGAGGAGGAGGAGGAGGAAGAGGAGGACGAGGAAGAGGAAGAGGAGGAAGACGAUGAAGACGACGAUGAUGAGGAUGAAGAGUCCGGGAACACCUCAGAUAGGAGCGCAUCAAGCACCAAGCGGAAGGCGAGGAAGCGCUGGAAGAGCGACAGCCCCUGGGUGAAGCCGUCACGCAAACGCAAGCGCAAGGACCCCCGGCCCAAGGACCCCCGAGGUGGGGGGGAGGAUUCUGGGUGCUCUGGGGAAUGUCAGGAGGGGACUGGGGAGGGGGAGGAUCCUAGGGGGGCCCCCCAUGCAGGGGUGUCAAACGAGACGAGCUCGCUGGAGACGGAGCGCUGCGAGGAGCUGCCCCUCUGCUCCUGCCGCAUGGAGGCCCCCAAGAUCGAGCGUCUUGGCCCAGCAGCCCGCGCCCACUGCAUGGCCACGGAGAGCGUGGACGGGCAGGUGAGACCCCGUCCCCCUGGAGUGAGGCCAGGCAGAGCAGGGGGCGGGGCAGUGAGGAGAAGGGAGGGGCUAUGUGGCUGGCAGGCUAUGCAGAUAAAGGUUCACGGCGGUGUGGACACCGGAAGAGAAUCUGCCCCGGGCUGGGGGCUACUGAGGGGAGUUCUGAGCUGGGGGGCAGGAGCUUUGUGGGGUUUGGUGGAAGGAGCCUUCUCUCUCACUGACUCCGCCCCACUGUGGCCUGACUCCGCCCUGUGUUGCCCCGGCAGCGCACGGGUGCGGGGCCAGGGUGAGGGGCGGGCGGCGCCCCCAGACCCACGGGCCGACGCCAUCGACAGCUCAGGAGGCCCAGUGCUGCCCCUGCCCUCCGGCGCCGCCCUCUCAGCCCUGGGCCUGGCCCCAGGGCUUGGGCGUGAGCAGCUGGAGAAGGCCCUAGUCGUGCAGGAGUCCGAGAGACGCAAGAAGCUGCGUUUCCACCCACGCCAGCUCUACCUCUCGGUGAAGCAGGGGGAGCUGCAGAAAGUUGUGCUCAUGCUGCUGGACAACCUGGACCCCAACUUCCAGACUGACCAGCAGAGCAAGCGCACCCCGCUGCAUGCCGCCGCCCAGAAGGGCUUCUUGGAGAUCUGUCACGUGCUGCUCCAGGCGGGCGCCAACAUCAAUGCGGUGGACAAGACGCGUCGGACGCCACUGAUGGAGGCCGUGGCCAACAACCACGUGGAGGCUGCACGUUACAUGGUGCGCCGCGGUGGCUGCGUCUACAGCAAGGAAGAGGACAGCACCACCUGCCUGCACCUUGGAGGCAGCAUGCUGACCCAUUGACUGACUCCCCAGGACAAUGGCGGCUGGACCCCCAUCAUCUGGGCGGCCGAGCACAAGCACAUCGACGUCAUCCGCAUGCUGCUGACCCGCGGUGCCGACGUCACCCUCACAGACAACGAGGAGAACAUCUGCCUGCACUGGGCCUCGUUCACGGGCAGUGCUGCCAUUGCUGAGGUGCUGCUCAAUGCCCGCUGUGACCUGCACGCAGUCAACUGCCACGGUGACACGCCACUGCACAUCGCUGCCCGUGAGAGCUACCGCGACUGUGUCACGCUGUUCCUGUCGCGGGGGGCCGACACAGAGCUGCGCAACAAGGAGGGCGACUCCCCGCUGGACCUGACGUUGGAGCACUCGGAUGUGUGGGUGGCAUUGCAGCUCAAUCGCAAGAUCCGCCAGGGGGCAGCCUCGCGUGGCCUGCGCACUGAGCGCAUCAUCAGCAGGGACGUGGCGCGGGGCUACGAGAACGUGCCAAUCCCAUGCGUGAACGCGGUGGACGAUGAGCCCUGCCCCAGUGACUACAAGUACAUCGCUGAGAACUGUGAGACCUCGGCCAUGAGCAUCGACCGCAACAUCACCCACCUCCAGCACUGCACCUGCCAGGAUGACUGCUCCUCCAGCAACUGCCUCUGCGGCCAGCUCAGCAUCCGCUGCUGGUACGACAAGGACGGGCGGUUGCUGCAGGAGUUCAACAAGAUAGAGCCACCGCUGAUCUUCGAGUGCAACCAGGCCUGCGCCUGCUGGAGGACCUGCAAGAACCGCGUCGUGCAGAGCGGCAUCCGGGUGCGUCUCCAGCUCUACCGCACAGCCAAGAUGGGUUGGGGGGUGCGGGCACUGCAGGCCAUCCCGCAGGGCACCUUCAUCUGCGAAUACGUGGGGGAGCUGAUCUCGGAUGCAGAGGCCGAUGUGCGGGAGGACGACUCCUACCUGUUCGACUUGGAUAAUAAGGAUGGCGAGGUGUACUGCAUUGACGCGCGCUACUAUGGCAACGUGAGCCGGUUCAUCAACCACUUGUGUGACCCCAACAUCAUCCCCGUGCGCGUGUUCAUGCUGCACCAGGACCUGCGUUUCCCCCGCAUCGCCUUCUUCAGCAGCCGCCACAUCCGACUCGGCGAGGAGCUGGGGUUCGACUACGGGGACCGGUUCUGGGACAUCAAGAGCAAGUACUUCACGUGCCAGUGCGGGUCGGAGAAGUGCAAGCACUCGGCUGAGGCGCUGGCCCUGGAGCAGAGCCGCCUGGCACGCCUCGAUGCCCCCCAUGACCUGCUGCCCGACCUGCCUGCCCUGCCCCUGCCCGCGCCCUGAGCCCUUGUGCGACGGGGGCACUUCCGUUCGUUCCUCGUACACGGGGGGGACCUCCUGUGCUCCCUGGCCUGCUGGGAGACGGGGCUCCCCCUGGGCCCUGGUGCGAGGCCUUGGGGCCAAGGGAGUGCUCCUGGCCCCUGGUGCAACCUUCUUGUGCAAACGGGUGGGACCUCGUGCCUGGGCCCACCCGUUUGCCUUAGGCGAGGGGGCCUCGUGCGAUGCCUUAGAGGAGGGGGAGUGCCCCUGGGCCCUUGCCCUACGGCCUCAUGCAAGGAGACUAGGGUUGCCGUCAUCGCGGACAGUCGGGUUGUCAUCUGUCUGCUAUUGAUACAAACCUGGAUGCCUUUAUGUCCUCUAUUUUUCUCUUCAAGAGAGGCAUCGGGUUUUGUAGCACAAGGAUAGAGUAGCAGAAAACAAAUGCUCCUGAUACUGGCCACCCUGGAGGUGACCCCUUCCCCGUGCCCCCGGGUCUGAGCGCCUUAACCCCCUCCCCUUUUGUUGCCACAAAGGAACCAAUAAACUUUGCUUUGA